AGCACCAUUGAUUGUCGUGUCAAAUUCUGAGUUGUUUUUUUGUUUCUUUUUGUUUAUAGAAAGAUAAAUUGUAUAUCUCUCCACAUCUCUGUUUGUAAAAUGUUUUCUAUUUUAUUCUAAAUUCUUCCAUCUUAUUAUAAAUAUUUAAACACAAACACACAAGGCGCGUUAAAUUUAAAAGCGGUCAACAGUGGUCUUAGUCGAAACAAGAAACAAUAGUUUAAAUCUUGAUAUAUCAUGCAGAAUUAGAUAAAAAUGGAAAGAAGAGUGAAAUUAAAGUCUAUUAAUCCCCAUAUAACAUGUAAAAUAUGUGGUGGUUACUUUAUAGAUGCAACUACAGUGACUGAAUGUUUACAUACCUUCUGCAAAAGUUGCUUGGUAAAACAUUUGGAAGAAAAGAAAACCUGUCCUACUUGCGAAAAUGUCAUUCACCAAUCUCACCCGCUGCAGUAUAUUAGUUUUGAUCGGACGAUGCAGGAUAUUGUUUACAAACUUGUGCCAAAUUUGCAGGAGGAUGAAAUGCGUAGAGAACGCGAUUUUUACAAAAGCCGGAAUAUGGCGUGUCCCAAAGAUUUGCCUCAAAACCAUGAAGAGGACAACGAAAAAGUUAUGGAAGCACAUGCAGAGUCCGAUUUCCACAGAUUAGAUGAACAAGUUAAUGUGUGCUUGGAAUGUAUGAGCAACAACUUCAAAAACUUGCAAAGACGAUUUAUACGUUGCAGCUCCCAGGCAACAAUUACCCAUCUCAAAAAGCUGGUAGCAAAGAAGAUUUUAAAUGGCAUUGAUAAAUAUCGAGAGAUCGACAUAUUGUGCAACGAAGAACUUCUCGGUAAGGAUCACACAUUAAAAUUUGUCUACGUGACUCGUUGGCGCUUCCGCGAUCCGCCUCUGCGCUUGCAGUUUCGUCCUAGGGUGGAGCUGUAAGCAUCGUCUCAAAAUUAUUCGGCAGGACUAUGCAAUUUUAAAGUCAGUUUUAAGACAAUAUACACCCACAGUCUGUCUCAAAAUCUGUGGUUUUAUGAAGCAACAUUUGUGCAUGCUAACUCAAUCGAUCACAACAAUUGUCGGCACAACUUCUUAGCACUUAUAUUGUCACCUAUUGAGACAUAACGCUAAAAGAUUUUAACGUCAUGCAUUAAGAAUUUUAUAUUAUUCGUGCAGGUGCAAAUAACUUGUCGCUAUGAUUCCGAACUUCUAACCAAUGAACAAUGUGACUCUUUAAAAAAUUAUAUACAAAUCGUACAUAAACAUACAUUUAAGUUGGUGUAUGAACUUCGCAAAAGAUAACAAUAUAUAAAUUAUGUUUCUAUCCAAUUCAAAGUUAAUUGCUAAAACAUUACACUAAUUUUAGAUCUGGCACAUACAUUGAAAAAUAUAUUUUGUAUAUAGAUAUAAUGAUUGCAUUAGGAAUAUAUGGCAUGAAAAUAAUAAUUAAUUAUAAAACGGAAAUUAUGUACAGAAGAAUUCAUGGACUAUUUAUUUGCUCUAAAUUAGCAUCCAGACUAUUUUUUUCCAAUCAUAUCCCAUAUAUUUUUCCCUCAAAUUGCUUCGUAAUGUGUACAUAAUAAUAAAGAUUAUUAUAAAUAGGUAAAAAUAAAUAAAAAUUUACACAAA